AUGACACCCGAGGUUCAGGGGAUGGUAGAUGCUACUGGAUUGAGGCACUUGCCUGAGAUCAUGUUUGAGCAUUUGGAUCAGCCGUUGAUCUGUGCGUUUGUCGAGAGGUGGCAGCCCGAUACGAACUCUUUCCACCUCCCUUUUGGAGAGAUUAGUAUCUUGCUACACGAUGUCAGUUCUAUCCUCCAUAUCCCAUCAGAUGGAUGGAUUACAGGUGACUUUGGUUCAUGGGAUGACGUGAAGAGUUCAUGUGCAGAGCUAUUUGGGAUGGAGAGAAGCGCCUUUUUGAAGGCGCAUUGGUCCGGUGGUGGUGUAUUCAUUGAUUCUUUGAUAGAGAGAUGUUCUGCUCCGGAUCGGAGUCCGACCCACCAGUUUCGAGGAUAUAUGCUGACCCUCCUUGGUGCCACUCUAUUCGUUGAUAAGAGUGGUAACCGAGUCCGUCCUUGGCCACUGUCGUUUUUGUCUUGUAGCCCACAGGAUGUGAGCCGGUAUUCUUGGGGUGCGGCUACACUAGCCUAUUUAUACAGGCAGCUUGGCAUAGCUAGUCGUGCUGAUUCAGCCCAGAUUUGUGGUUGCCUCACGCUAUUGCAGGCAUGGAUUUACGAGUAUUUUCCCAUGUUUCGGCCUAACCGCACUAGGAGGAUGAGACCUAUAGGAUCUGCUUCGGCACUGAGUUGGGAGGUUCGGCAUGAGAACAGGGGGAUUGACCGACUACUGAGUAUUCGACAGGCAUUGGAUCAGACGAACGACAUGCAGCCUGAUUGGUUACCUUAUGGUAUAUGUCCGGUAUCUGCUUAUCCUCGUAGCACGUACUACGGGUGGCUGCGAUACUUGGAUAUCGUUGAGCCGUAUAUGCCAGAUCGUACUUUACGCCAGCUUGGAUUCAUUCAGGAGGUUCCCCAUCAUAUUUUGGAGCCGGAGUCUUGCUAUAGGCCUUCUGCUGGGAUAGGUACAGGGUAG